AUGUACAGAGUUUCAGUGCUGCUGCUCCUCCAGCUGACGUGGUGGAUCGUUUCAGCUGCACCGAUGGUUUCAGCUGCACCGGUGGUUUCAGCUGCACCAGCGGUUUCAGCUGCACCGGCGGUUUCAACCAUCAGCUGCAACGUGACCCGGCUUCCCAACAGAACCAUCCGAUACCAGCUGGAUGGACCCAGCCCCCACGGCUGCAUCACCUGCUGGGAGGACGUCAACGCUGCUUCUGAAAGAAAACCGUCAUCGCCCAGGGGCAACCGCUCAGUGAGGACUCUGGUGGACGACUUGCAGAGCGACCACAUCGACCUGAAGGUCUGCCAGGACUACCUGCGCUACUGGAGGGACUGCCCGGAGAGAAAAGAUGAAGUGGCCUGCCGAGUGAACUGCAGCCGUCUGGAGUCUGAGGAACUUCGUCCGGCAGUCUUCUUCUGCCUGAACGAGCGUCUCUGCUUCAACGAGCUGACUGCAGGUCUCGUCAUCGGAGGUCUCGCUGUCGGGGCCGUCGGCCUGGUUCUGGUCUCCUGGCUCAUCUACAAGUACAGAAGCAGAAGACCCGGGUGUGGGGAGGCUUCCUACUCCGGACCAGAGGAGAUCAAGCUGGGGGGGGUGUCCUCAUCAUGUAAACCAGGGAUCUCCAACCCCCGGGACGCUACCGGGCCGCACAGAAAGAAAAAAUAUGUUCUGUAGCGUCCCCGACUGAUGAUGGUUGACUCUCAAACUGUAAACUUCUUAGUUAAAAGUGCUUCAAAUCCGCUACUGUUACUACCGCUGCUACUACAGAUACUACUAAAUAUUUAAUCACUUUUCCAACUGUUGCUCUGCUUACUGCCCCCUAUCGGUCCCCGCCGCAUUAUUAUUCAUUAAACUGGUCCGUGGUACCAGUGGCGUCAAUUCAGUCAAAGCUAAGGUAUGGCAAGCAGUGGCGGAGCGCGGGUCUCAGUCCAGAGGGGGCGGAGUAUUCUCCAUGGGCCCUUAUGAUAGUCAUUUUAACGUUCAACAACAUCAUCCUACCCAUCAAACUACAUUUAUUCUCACUUUUAUUGAGCCAAGCCUAUAGGCCUAUGCUGCAGAAAGCAGAGUAAAGUCACAAACUUGUUCAGAAGCACACACACACACAGAUAUAUAUAUAACAGAGAAUAGACUCUAGUCUAGUUGACAACAACACAAAGCACAUUCAAAUAGGCAGCAUUCUGAUAAAGAAAUGAUUUAUGAUGGUUACACUGACUCACCAACGGUAGUUGACUCUUCCAUAACCCAAAAUAAUCCAGGUAACGUGGAAAACGGGGUAAUAUUAAAAUCUUUGUACAUGCUUAGUCCUCUUUUAAAGUUUAGCGCUCAUCUCCUUCAUGGCAGCAAACUUGCCGAGUCGGCAAAUUGGCUGAAACUGUUAAGGCUGAUUUAUGGUUCCGCAUUAAGGCUCAGUUAUGCUUCUGCGUCAAAAUGGCGCCGUGCCUACGGCGUGUGGUUUGGAUCGACACAGAGGACACGCCGUCACCUGCGCCGUCUCUGACGUGCACCUCCUGAAAAUUGUAACUACGCGUCGAGGAGACGCAGACCACACGCAGAUCGAGAGGGCUGUGAUUGGUUCGUUUGAAAGCGAAGCAUUUCCGGUUUCCGGUUUGAAGCAGUAGUGAACUUCCAGGGCUCUUUUUUUCGUUUAUGUGUGAUUUUUUUUUUUGUUUUUGUUCUUUGCACAAUAGUUGUCCUUAUUUCUUUGAUUUACUGUGACCGGAAAAAGUCGGAUAAACCAUUCAGAAAAAGAUCGCUAACUAGCGGCCGCGGGGGGGUACUGCACCGCGGAGAAAUGGAGUGACGGAGAAGUCUGAAGGGUUCAGCACGGCGUCACGGCUGCGGCGUGUGCUCUGCGUUGGUGUGACGCAGAACCUUAAUUCAGCCUUUACACCAACGCAGCGCCUACGGCGUAGUGUACGCCGUCGAUUUAACGCAGAACCAUAAAUCAGGCUUUACAGCCAAUCAGCGUUGGCUCAUGGCCCUGAUGCGUUCAGGACAGUUGUAAAGUAAGAAUUAGCUACACUGGCCGCACAAUGCACAUUUUAUCGUUAUUAUAACCUACAAUUUACGAUUUAUAUAUGAACGUAUCACACCAAACGGGGCCCUAUCAUUGGGCCCUAUGAGCUUGUGGGCCCCGUGGCGACCGCCCCCUCGCCCUCCGUCUGGCUCCGCUACAGAUGGCAAGGUUACGAGUCACAGAACAUCAACCAACAUGCCCAGCAAAUACUCAUCACAGAGUCUGCUAUGUAGCUUAUCUGUGUGGUCAAGAAUAUUUGAACUUUUUCAAAUGCAGUCUCACUCACAUCCUGCUAACUACGAACACUACACUUUAACAACGUGUUAAUUACGCAAUACGCAUCCGUUUUCUGCACCAUGGACAGCAGAGUUGGAGAGCAGAAAUCUUGUAUCUGACAAACGCAAUUUAACGCAUUCUGUUCACUUCAUCCACUAUGUCAGUGCAACAAUAUCACAGGGACAUCCCAGUUUAACUUAAAACAGUUAAAGUCCAAAUGCAAAAAGGAGAGGGAGGGAGCAGAAGAGAGAAAGAGAGUAAAAAAAGUCAAAUAUUUCCCAGAUUUAUAAGAGGGUAGGGUGAUAUGAUAUCUUACCUUAAGAUGAACUUGCAUAAUUAAUCCAUCAGUGGCUAACAGCCUCGUUAAUAUCUUUUGCUGCUGGGGCAACAUUGGACCCAUCACUGCCUUCUUUUUUUGAAAAAACAAUUGCAGGGUUGUCUGCUUCCUUUUCCUUUUUGUAAGUUAGUAACACUGCAAAGAGCGCUAAAAACGAGAUUGAUAGCGACCACUGUCGUCAGGGACCUCACAUUUCAAGAUAUGAGGGGGGUACAAGUGUUGGGAAAGAUAAUACCUCGUGAAAUCCAUCAUGUUGUUCUGAUUUGCAUUUGUAGUUAUUUUAUAUGUAUUAAAUAAUAGAAUAGUCAAUACAAAUAGACACAGAGUAAUUCCAUAAAUGUAUUUAAAAACAAACAUGUGCAUUUCCCCCUGAAGCCGAGGUGUAGCGGCUGCCAUACCUUGCCAUAACAAAUUGACGCCUCUGCGUGGUACAGAAAAGGUUGGGGACCA